AUGUUUACUCAAGACGUGCAAAGACCGCCGACGUUGGCCGAUAGUCUCGCAACUGCAUAUCUCUUCACAUUCGAGGUCGAAGAUACAGGGCGCGGCAUUCCCAGCAACAUGCAGGAUCAGAUCUUUGAGCCAUUUGUGCAAGUGGACUCGAGCUUCAGCAAGGAGUUUGGCGGCACCGGAUUGGGGUUGAGUAUCUGCUCACAGCUGGCCAAGCUAAUGGGCGGCACGAUUACAGUCAGAAGCAGUGAGGGGCUUGGCUCAACAUUUAGUCUACAAAUUCCCCUCGAACAUAUUAUAGACCGUGUGCCAAGCACCAGGUCGGAAAGCACGAGGCAAGUGUCAAGAGCACCGAGCGUUGGCGGCUCAACAACUGGUGGCGGCGGCGGCGGCAGCAGCAGCUGCCACCGCAACUCUUUGAGCAGUGUGCUUGCGCAGGACGCCGAUCCAGCAAUCACAGCAAACAGCAACGUCAGUCACAGAAACGAUAUUCAGCCUCGUCUUGUUGGCCUCAGCACACCAUUCUUCCCACCGAAUCCCUACCAGACGCCGCCCGUCCCACCUGCCAACCCAACCACCGUCGUUCCGCCGCCAACCACGAGCGUCGAGACGCAAGCUGCCAUCCAAAAAGCCAAAGCCGACAAGGCGAAAACCUCUGGGGGCGAGUCAGCAAACAGCGAGCUAUGUGUUCUCGUUGCUGACGAUAAUGCGACGAAUAUCGAGGUUGUACGCAGAAUGCUCAAACUGGAAAAGGUUCUUGAUGUUUGUAUUGCAAAGGACGGUCGUGAGGCAUACGAGGUGGUCAAGGCCAACAUGGAACGAAAUCGGAAAUUUGAUCUCAUCUUUAUGAAUGUGCAAAUGCCCAAUCUGGACGGCAUUCAGUCGACCAAUUUGAUUCGGCAGAUGGGCUAUGCGGCCCCAAUUGUGGCCUUGACAGCAUUUUCCGAGGAGAGUAAUCGCAAAGAGUGCAUCGAGUCGGGCAUGGACGAGUUUCUGGCAAAGCCUAUCCGGAGGUCAGCGCUGAAGAGUGUCUUGACGAAAUUUGCCACAAUAUACGAGGAAAAGACAUGA